AUGACCUCGAUAGGAACCGGGUACGAUCUGCUCAACUCCAUCUUCUCGCCCGAUGGCCGCAACUUCCAGGUCGAAUACGCCGUCAAGGCGGUAGAGAAUGGCGGCACAUCCAUCGGCAUCCGCUGCGACGAGGGUGUCGUCCUGGCCGUUGAAAAGGUGGUUGCGUCGAAGCUGGCCAAGGCUGGCGCCAACAAGCGCAUCGGUACCGUUGAUAGUCAUAUUGGAGUCGUCUACUCUGGCAUGAUCCCAGAUGGCCGCCACUUCAUCGACCGAGCGCGCGACGAGUCGCAAUCCUGGCGCCAAAACUUCAAGGCGCCCAUCCCCACAGCCGACCUGGCCUCGCGCAUGGGCAGCUACCUGCAAGCAUACACCAUGUACGGCUCCGUGCGCCCCUUUGGCAUCACGGGCAUCAUCGGCGGCGUCGACACGUCCGAGGACACGCCCGUCGACGGCGAGGUCGGGUCGGGCCCCGCGUGCGGCGCCGGCGGCAAGGCCGCGGGCAAGAAGCAUGGCGGGCCCUUUCUCUACAUGGUCGAGCCCAGCGGCCAGUACUGGGGCUACUACGGCGCCGCCACGGGCAAGGGCCGCCAGGCCGCCAAGGCGGAGCUCGAGAAGCUCGACCUGCAGAGCGGCGGGAUGACGCUGCAGCAGGCCGUCAAGGAGGCCGCGCGCAUCAUCUACGUCGCGCAAAAGGACAACAAGGACAAGGACUUUGAGCUGGAGAUGACCUGGAUCAGCACCGCCGACGGCCCGACCAAGGGCCGCCACGUCGAGGUGCCCAAGGAGCUGCGCGACGAGGCCGAGAGAUUAGCAAAGGCCGAGGACGAGUCGGAUGAUGAAGAAGAGGAGAGCGAUAAGAAGGACGAUGACAAGAUGGAAGAAUAA